CACGACACCAACACCGACAUUCACUUCAUCUCUUCUCUUCUAUUGAUACCCCUCUAAACAUAACGUUUGCGACGUGAGUACCUUGCUUGAGCAAAGUUGUGCGCUGCAAUUGGCGCGUCUUUUUCGCGACUGACGCACACUGACAUUGCAAUCCAAAGCGAACUCACAUUUGACUUCGGCAACGGCGUUCGAACAGCUAGCGAAAUGCUGCUACACACACUCCGGAUAUCGCGCCCAACGCGUACUCCCACAUACCUCCGAACAUUCUCCACAGGCCGCGCCGCAGCGUCUUCGUUACGGAUAGGUUUCGUACCUGAACACUUCUCGACCCCCCUAGAAUUCGCCAAAAAGCACUAUGCCCUCACCUCACCUCUCCUCCCUUUCCCCUCCGGCACUGGGGCCAUGGUCUCUGCCCUCCAAUCUGGUGAAAUCGACAUCGGGAUCGGAUUAACUGAAGGCUGGAUCGCCGCGCUCGGAAAAGCGCAAUCUCUAUCCACGUCCAACUCGAAAACAAGCCCCAGAGACGCAGGUUUCAAGAUCGUAGGUACAUACGUCGAGACGCCCUUGUGCUGGGCCAUAUCCACCGGAGCCCAACGCACAGACCUCCAUACCAUUGCGGAUCUAAAGGGUAAGAGAGUCGGGGUGUCGAGGGUGGGAAGUGGGAGUUAUGUUAUGAGCUACGUACUCGCGGACCAAAACGGCUGGCUAGAUCCAUCAUCCCCAGACCCGCCGUUUCCGGUCUCGGUGUUGGACACAUUUAAAGGAUUAAGAGAUGCCGUGAAUAGUGCGGGUGGUGGCGGGACGACGGAUGCGGGUGCAGAUUUCUUCAUGUGGGAGCAUUUCACGUCAAAACGGUAUUACGAUAACGGCGAGAUUAAUAGGAUUGGGGAGAUCUAUACACCGUGGUCGAGCUGGAAAAUCGUGGCAGCGAACGCGCUCCUAAAUCCGCAGAACUGGAGUUCCGGUUCGCAGGCGUCACAUCCGCCGUUUAAAGAAGAGUUGGAGGAUGUGCUGGGGAAGAUCAAUAAAGGCGUUAAGCAUUUUGAGGAGAAUCGGGAAGAGGCGGUACGGUAUAUUAGCACGAAGUUGGAUUAUGAGGAGCAGGAUGCGAGGGAAUGGCUUAAGACGGUGCGCUUUGCGCAUGAUGUUAGGGGCGUGGAUAGGGAGAUUGUUGAGAGGACGAUCGGGGUGCUGCAGAAAGCGGGGGUGUUGAAUGGGGAGGUGGAUGCGGGCAAGAUGAUUGGGUUGGAGAGGAGUGAGGCUGUGAAAUGGAUAUGAAUGGUGAUCGCUGGGGGAAGGAUAGGGUUGAGGAAAAGUUGGAGGAAAAUCGAGCAGCAUGCAUUAUGGAAACGGAUCGAGCAUCUUGGAGCAUGGACGCAAUGGAAGAUGAAGCCGAGCGGUCUGUCUGAAUGUUAUCUAAUGUAAUAUGGCAAGCUGGCCUACAGCACCCAACAACCUCUGGUCACAGAAACCAAAUCGAAAUCAAAUAUCC